AAUAAAUUCAUGCAGUUUUGACAUUUUCAUAAAAAUUGUUCCAGCAGUUUGACAUUUUUGACAGCCGAAAACUGCUAUACUUUCUUUUCUAAUAUCCGGUUCACGCAAUUGGAUUGUUUUUUAUAAAGUUGCUAAGACACAAUGGCUCCCAGAAAGGCUAAAGCUCAAAAAGAAGAAGUCCAAGUUUCUUUGGGCCCCCAAGUGCGUGAUGGUGAAUUUGUUUUCGGCGUUGCUCACAUUUAUGCCAGUUUCAACGAUACCUUCGUCCAUGUCACUGACUUGUCUGGCCGUGAAACCAUUGCCCGUGUCACUGGUGGCAUGAAGGUAAAGGCUGAUCGUGAUGAAGCUUCUCCCUACGCUGCUAUGUUGGCUGCUCAAGAUGUCGCUGAAAAAUGCAAGACUUUGGGCAUCACCGCUUUGCACAUCAAAUUGCGUGCCACCGGUGGCAACAAGACCAAAACUCCCGGACCCGGUGCCCAAUCUGCUCUCCGUGCUUUGGCCCGUUCUUCCAUGAAGAUUGGCCGCAUCGAAGAUGUUACCCCCAUUCCUUCCGAUUCUACCCGCAGAAAGGGUGGUCGUCGCGGUCGCCGUUUGUAAACACUUUGCUUUUUGUUGCCUUGUGUGUUAUUACUUGGACGAAGUAUGCAACAACAACAACAAUUUUGUCACUUUCCAAGCUGCAGAAUUCAACGUUAUUGUAUGGAUGCUGCAAGGUGUACAAAUUCAGACUAUUAUUUUUUAAUAAGUGAUCGUAAAUAAAAAACAACAAAAACAAAAAAA